AGAGAUAUUGUCUCUGCUAUAGCCUAUUGCCACUCUCAGAAAGUUUCCCACAGGGAUCUGAAGGCCGACAAUAUCCUUCUUACCGCUGAUGGAAAGGCAAAGCUAGCAGAUUUUGGAUUUGCAAAGAGAUGCGAGGAGGAGGGAAUGGCAUCCCUGAGCAAGACCUUCUGUGGAACUCCCGAUCAUUGUUCCCCAGAG